UAAGCUUAAAUAAAGAUGCUCAACGUCUCGGCUCCGUGGGUCCUUCGUAUCGGCGAAACUGAUUUAUCCUGAAAGGAAAACAAGAGCAGAACUCAAUAUAGGAUUUUAACGCACCUUCCACAACCCAUUAAACUCAAAGUGUAUCAUAAAUCAAUUCCAGCUAUGGAAUUGAAGAAAUCCAUUUCUGAUACCGAGCGCUCAUUGAAGAGCUACGGCUCUGUAUCGGAAACGGAAUGGACAAAAGACAAAGGUCAGUCAGAUGUGUCCAUGGCGGAGAGCAUCAUGUCUCCAGAUGAGAUUGAAGUGGAGAUGGCUCGCAUCCAGCGCCUCAGGGAGGUGCUGGUGAGGAGGGAGUCCGAACUGCGCUUUAUGGCGGAUGACAUCCAGCUCUGCAAAGACAUCAUGAGUCUGAAACAGGAGCUGAGGAAGGUGGUAAAUGUAUCAGAGAAAGAGAAGACUAAGAAACAGAGACAGUGGGAGGAGGAGUUGAUCCUGAAAAUCCACAAACUGGUGCAGAAGAGGGAUUUCCUAGUGGACGAUGCAGAGGUGGAGAGAUUAAGGGAGCAGGAGGAGGACAAGGAGAUGGCUGAGUUCCUGAGACAGAAGCUGAUGCCUCUGGAGAAGCUGGCCAGAGAAGCUGCCCAAAAUCCCCAGAAGCCCAAGAGACUCCCUGGUCCUCCGCCCAGCAAGCCGUCCGUCACCAAGUCCAUCACCAUCAUCAAGGACUGCUGCGGAGCGACCCAGUGUUGUAUCAUGUAACCGUGGUUACAGAGGAGUGGAGGACAGUACACCCUCCCAUUCACAGCACCACCCUAGUAACAACAACACAGUCACACUGUACAUCUGUCACCUGACCUGGUCUCUUGGUGUCAUAUCACCUAUCGUUACAUCAUUUCCUGUGAUCCAGAGAACCCUGGUGCAAAAUGGACGCCCAUAUAGAGGUGAUAGAUGGACAGGCCUGGCCACAUGUAAAUAAUGGAAUAACAGAAAUGUAAAUGAAAUAUGUGGCACUAUAUAAUGUUAAAAUGCAAUUGGAAAUGGAAUAUAUGGGACCUGUACAGUAUUGUAAGCAAUACACCAAUUUAUAUUGAUUUAGGGACUCAUUACAUCCCUCUUGAAACAUUCUUCAGAGACCAAUAAUGACAUAUAUUCCUCAGAUUUAUAAGCACAACGUCCCAUACCCAACCACAAACACAUCAUACCAAGGUUCUCUGUCCACCAGGAAAUGACAUCAUGACUUAAUUGUUAUUGACUUUGUCAUUUUGAAUAACGGGUAUUUACUGGAUGCUUCCAUUCCAACCCUUUAAUGGAACAACUAGAACUCCUCUCAGACUUAGGACUGUAUGCUUACCAGUGUGGGGUCAAUUCCAUUUCAAUCCAGUCAAUUACUUACCGAAUUACCAGAUUUGAAAAUGAAUUGAUCCAACCCUGAUGCUUGCUCUGGAACUGUAGAUUAUGAAACACUUCACUCACUGCAGUACAUUUUCUAUCCCUUUAUUGUAAAAGUAUACUUCCUAUAUAAACAGUAUUGCUGAACACAGUUGCUAUGAUACCAUUUAUAUUGGCAAGCUGCAACAAUCGCAUGAUUGAGUUAUUUUGUUUUUCUAUGAUGUACAUUAAUGUAUCAAUAACCAGCCAGUAUACACACGCAUUUAUGUUGCUAAGGCAAAGUCAGCCUUACAACUGGUCAUUCUUAUCUUCACCAAAACAUACUGGUAGUUAUUACCAUGGUAUCACUACAAUAUUAUUCAUGAUUACAAUGAAUAAGUAUAGCAAAGGAAAACAAUUAGCGCCAUACUACGAGUCUUGCAAUUUCUACAGCAAAACAAGAGGUGAAUGCAAUUCUUUAUUUGUACAUGCCUUUAUUAAGAUUCUGGAAAAGAGAGUGUUUGUUGGAAUCUAAUGUUUGUAGAAGAUUAGGGAGUCCUGUUCAACAAAGUGACCCUCUACUUCAGAAUAUUGUCCUCUACCUUUGGGUAGAUCUCAGAAUUAUUUUUCUUGACUCAUCAAGUCCUUCUCCUUGCUUCCAUCUGAGGUUUUGAGAAGCAAAGAAUUGAGGAAAACACUGAGACUCAUCCCUGAACUUUGUUCUGUAGUAUAUUAGUGAUGCUUUAAUGUCCAAAUUGAACAAUAUGCAUAAAAUGAGCCGAAAUUACCUGUACAUAUACAGUACCAGUCAAAAGUUUAGACACACCUACUCAACAGUUUUAUUUUUACUAUUUCAUGACAUAACACAUAUGGAAUCAUGUAGUAACCAAAAAACAAGUAUUAAA